GGCUGACAUUGGAUGCUUAAAAAGAUCAUUUAAUUAUAUGGAGUAGCAUGUCAAUAUGAUGAAAAAUUCAGAACUAUAAUUAUAUAUAUGUCCUUGAGAUGAUUUAUUAGGUUGAUAUAGUGUUGCCCAUACCAGUUCAUUCAUGGACAUUGGAUGAGGGAUUCAGAACAAAGAAUCAGACGACAAACAACAUAUUCAAACCCCGUAUGAACUCGUGUAUAAUGGGUGUUCCUCGAAUACUUCAUCUUUCCAAAUUAAAAGAUGUCUAGUUUGCGAUUACGUCAAGAGAUUAAAAGCAGACGAUCAAGAAGUAGGCGUAUUGAAUCGGGAUAUCGACAAAGUCAGAAUAGUUCACUAUCGGUGAAUGUUUCCGAACCUGACAUUAUAGCUUGUAUUGAUAUUGGUACAACAUAUUCUGGGUACGCAUUUGCAUUAAGCAAAGAUCUGCAAGAUGAUAGACUAGGUAUUCACGUGAACAAAGAAUGGAUCUCCGGAAACUCCAAACUAACGACAUUGAAAGUUCCGAGCACAGUACUGCUAACUCCAGAAAAGAGAUUCCAUUCUUUCGGUUACGAGGCAGAAUGGAAGUACGGACAAUUAGCAGCCGACAAAAACCACACGGGCUGGUAUUACUACAGAAAGUUCAAAAUGACAAUGAAGCAAAAUGAGAAUCCUAACAUUGGCACCAGCAUUAUGGACGAAACCGGCAAACCUCUUCGAGCAGUGGCAGUUUUUUGUGCUGCCAUCAAGUACCUAAGAAACCAUCUGGUUGACGCUUUAGCAAGCACAAUGAAAGGUGUUGAACCAAACUGGAUAUUGGAGAAUUUUACCUUCCAGUGGGUCUUUUGUCAUCCCGCCAGUUGGGAUGAGCAGACAAGACAAAUCAUCGUAAUGGCUGCCAAACAGGUUGGCAUCAACAAUGCUACGCUAGUGUCUGAAGCAGAGGCUGCGUCGUUUUACUGCCAGUUUUCACCGUUGCACAGAAUCAACACAAGGAACGGAGAAAUGAUAUGUCUUCAAACACUUGGCAUGAAAUACCUCAUGUUAGACUUAGGCGGAGGAAGCACUGAUUCAACAAUACUGCAGUUGACUAACGAUGCAAAUUUGAUUGAGCUCACCAACAACACUGGGAAUUUGAACGGUGGGAUCAAGGUAGACGCCGCUUUUAUAAACUUCUUGAUGCAAGUAGUCAAUGAGGAUGUUAUGGAAAAGUUUGCCGGUAGUUUUAAAGCCGACCUUUCCCAACUUCAUAAAGAGUUCGAAAUUAGAAAACGAACGUUUGAUCCGAAAUCCACAGAUCCUAUUGUAUUCAAAUUACCCUCAGUAUUACGGAGAAUUUUUGAAGUGAAUAUGAAGCAAGCACUUCAGCUAAAGAUUGAACAGUCUGAAUACGGAUAUCUUGUGAAACUCAAUGGUGAUAAUUUAAGCAUGGACGCGGAUGUCUUCAAGGGAUUUUAUACUGCUGCUUUGGAGAACAUAAGUAGUACCUUGUUAAAGAUGUUGUAUGCGAAGGAAGGCAGAGGUUGCAAAACCGUGGUCAUGGUAGGGGGUUUUGCUCUCUCUCCUUUAGUACAAACUGCUAUCCGUAUAAAGUUUCCCGAUUUGACUAUAUUAAUGCCUCCAGAUCCCGAUCUUGCGGUGAUGAAAGGAGGUGUUCUCUAUGGAUUUGAUAAUCAUCCGGUAAUUUAUAUGAGAGCAAAGCAUACAUACGGAAUCGGAAUGGCGAUGCCUUUUAAAAAAGACAGUCAUCUGGAUGAGAAGAAAUUUGAAUCUGACGGAGUGCUGUUGUGUAGUGACGUUUUUAGGAUCCAUAUAACACAGCAUCAGGAAGUGCAGAUUGGAGAAUUCGAAAGUAAAACUAAGAUAUUCAUCAACAGAAAAGAUCAGAGGUUUCUCUGCAUUCCAGUGUACUUGUCCACGGUCAAAGAAGCCUUAUUUACGACAGAAGGGACUUGUCACUACUUGGGGAAAAUGAAAAUUACUUUAAUGUCUACAAGAGAUGAGAAGGCACCGAUAUCCGUCAAGAUGGCGCUUACCUACCACGAACUGAUAGUGGAGGUGACUGACGAAGGAAGUGGGAGAACUAUUCGGGACGUUUUCGCCGAUUCGCCGGAUGUGGAAUGAAAAUUCAGAUAUGACAGCUAUUUUUAUUUACAGUUUGAACCAAACCAAACCAAACAACGGUCACCAGAGGGCGUGUAUUAGUAUUUGUUAAUUUCGUAAUUCGUUGUUUUUGAUUCACUUUCAGAGUCUGACCCAUUUUAUGUCAUUGCUUUCUUUGAAUGAAUCAUAACGUCUCGAAACUAAAUGCACCUGGACCUCAAGACCUUGAAUUACAGUAACCGUAUGUUAAUUUGUCUUUGAAUGUUAAAAUGGAUAUUGUGAAAAAUAUGCAUAGCCUUGGAUGCCAACUUUUGAUAUGUGAUCAGAAAUCAGGAGAGCUAUUGGGAUGGCUCAUGCUUCCGUAUACAAUGUCACGUUGUUGUCGCAACCCCUCGGAACUCAAUGAAAGCUUGCAGGAAUAUAGGAUGGCAACCAUAAAUUUACAGUUAUUAGAAAAAAAACUCCAACCCAUUUUGGGAAAAAUAUUGCUACUCUUAGAUGUAUAUGUAUUUUAUUCACUGACAUCUUGGUUGUUGUUUUUUCGAUGACCAGAGAGCUACAGUCUCACCACAGACUCGGGAUAAAAAAAAUUAUAUUAAAUCCAUGCAUACUUAUGUCCAAGGAGUUAACUAUUCGACGGAUUUUCAAAAAUGUAUUUUUUAUUUUGUUUUAGAAGUCUACUUUUUAAAUCCUAUUGUUGCUUCUACGGAUUCCUUAUUUUAAGUAUCUGUAAUUUCUUUGUCUCUCAUGGUUUAAUAAAAUAUUCCAUUUAA